AUGAGCUAGAGGUGAUANAAUAAAUAGUUUAAGUUUUGAUAAUAAACCAAAAAGAAAGGAUUUGUUAGAAGAUAAGAUUUCAUUUCAAAAAGGCAGAUUAUAACGACCUUAACAUUUCACACCUUAAAGAUAGAGAAUCUUGCAGAAUACUAAAUAAAUCAUGGAUACGUAUUUAAAUUCACAAAUAAAUAAUAUUUAAAUAAUGAGGAGUAGAUCUAUUCAAACUCCUCAAAAAGAAAGGAUCAGAACAGUUUCUCAAUAGAUUUCUAGUUCUAAAUAAACUCCAAACUUAUCUAAAUAAUCCUUGCUUCUGGAAAAUUAGAAUAGUAAUUUUCUUAAAUGGAGUAUAACUAAAAAACCUCCUUAAUUUAAAAUUAAAUGA